GAAAUGCAAAAGCAAAAACAGUGAAUAGUAAAUCAAAUUGGUUCAAAAGGUGUUUUUUCGGCUCGAUUUCGCGUUUUCAUUCUUGAUUAAUAGUGCUUCUACGUAUCGGGUACAAUGGUUUAACAUAUUCAUCCUUAUUUUGGUGUAGAUUAGUGUUAGAAGGUAAUGAUGUACGUUGUGCUAGGUCAAAAGGAUACCUGAACAGAUUUUAUCAUAAUCCGUCGUGUAAUACGUAUUAUUCUACGAAUCAGCUGCAGCACGUAACCAGGUCAUAGUUUGAAAAGAAGUGUUUUGUUUUAUUAACAUGUGUUUGAAAUAUCGUUUAUAGAAGGUAAUAAUAUUAUCUAUAGUCAUAUACUACAUAGAAAAAAGUAACAAGCAUCAUACGUGUCAGUUUAUGUUUUUUUCUGUGGUAAACAGUGUACAGGACAGGAGUGAUCAGAGAUUCUAUAGUGUAGGAAUAUUGUGAAACACCCACUUCAGAAUUUGAUAAGAUACGCCUCUUAAUUAGAGCCUAAACCUACAAUGCAUGUUGUCAGUGAUUAUAUUACUAAACUGAACAGUUGAUGAAUCUGCACUAAGAUUCCACACGAACUGUUCGUAAAAAAAAACCGAACUCGGCCAAAAACGUUAUGGAAAAAUUUCCUCUAAAAGGAACCAAUAUUUCCACAUCAGCAACGGUGGUCGGCACUCAUCCAUUGAGCGGAGAUCAUCCUUCUUAUCAAGCUGUCGGGCGUAAGACAUCAUCGCCAACUAAUGAGCGGAGUUUCAUAAAUACGACAUCACUUACAUCGGACGACGAAAUGAUUGACAUUACGCCAAAUAAUAUAAGCAAUCCCAACUAUCAGUAUCACUCGUCUUCGAACGGCAGUGGACGGGAGGACGGAGUGGGCAGUGACAGUGUCGGGAGUGCUACUGGAAGUGGUUUAGCAGGAAGCCUACACGCCGGCAGUGAUAACAGUGUACGGACAUCGCCCACGCACACCCGAUUUGGGCGAGAUUUUCACCCGGAUCAUGAAGGUAUUUCCUUCUCCGGAAUGACCGACAACAGUGACGAUAUUCCUGGCAUUGGCCAGUACGAUGACUUUCACACGAUCGACUGGCAGCGGGAUAUUGCCCGGGACCGCAUGCGGCAUCGAUACAUCGUUAAGAAGCGACAGGAUUCAUUUUGGGAUCUGUUAAAGGGAGCUCACGAUGCUUCGUCUGGAUGGGUUUGUGUCCUGUUGGUGGGCUUGUUCACCGGUUGCGUUGCUGGUGUCAUCGAUAUCGGUGCCAGUUGGAUGACGGAUCUGAAGUUCGGCAUCUGUCCACAAGCGUUCUGGCUGAACCGAGAGCAGUGCUGUUGGUCAUCCAAUGAAACGAGCUUCGUCAGUGGUAACUGCUCGCAGUGGUAUACGUGGUCGGAGAUCCUAACGUCGUCACGUGAGGGUGUAGGAGCGUACAUCAUAUCAUACUUUUUCUACAUUGCAUGGGCAUUAUUGUUUGCACUGCUGGCAGCAUCCUUGGUACGGAUGUUUGCGCCCUAUGCAUGCGGUUCCGGUAUACCGGAAAUCAAAACAAUCCUAUCGGGAUUUAUUAUCCGUAGUUACCUAGGCAAGUGGACGCUCAUAAUAAAGUCCGUUGGCCUUAUAUUGGCUGUAUCAACGGGCCUUAGUCUAGGUAAGGAAGGCCCAAUGGUGCACAUAGCCAGCUGUAUAGGCAACAUAUUGUCCUAUCUGUUCCCAAAAUACGGUAGAAAUGAGGCAAAAAAACGUGAAAUCAUAUCAGCGGCUGCAGCAGCUGGUGUCUCCGUGGCUUUCGGCGCACCAAUCGGAGGUGUCCUCUUCAGCUUGGAAGAAGUUUCCUAUUACUUCCCACUGAAAACGCUGUGGCGAUCGUUCUUCUGUGCGUUGAUCGCGGCGUUCAUCCUACGAUCAAUUAAUCCAUUCGGCAAUGAGCAUUCAGUGUUGUUCUAUGUGGAGUACAACAAACCAUGGAUAUUUUUCGAGCUGGUGCCUUUCAUUGGACUCGGAAUCAUAGGGGGUUGUAUCGCAACACUCUUCAUCAAAGCCAACCUGUGGUGGUGUCGCUUCCGAAAGUACAGCAAGUUGGGACAAUAUCCCGUGACCGAAGUACUCGUUGUUACAUUCAUCACCGCUGUCAUAGCUUAUCCCAAUCAUUACACACGCAUGAAUACGAGUGAACUGAUCUACUUACUAUUCAGUCAGUGUGGCAUCUCCAACAGGGAUUACUUAUGCGAUUACAACCGUAAUUUCACCGAUGUGAACUCAGCCAUCGAAAUAGCCGCUGCUGGUCCGGGAGUUUACAAAGCGAUUUGGUUGCUUACAUUGGCACUCGUGAUGAAACUGAUUAUGACAAUUUUUACAUUUGGCAUGAAAGUACCGUGUGGACUUUUUAUUCCAUCGUUGGCGUUGGGAGCAAUCAUGGGUCGUAUUGUCGGAAUCGGAAUGGAACAAUUGGCUUAUCAUUAUCCAAAGAUCUGGAUAUUCUCUGGAGAAUGCUCAACUGGCGAUGAUUGCAUUACACCUGGACUAUAUGCUAUGGUCGGUGCAGCUGCAGUUUUAGGUGGAGUGACAAGAAUGACAGUGUCGCUGGUAGUUAUAAUGUUCGAGCUGACUGGAGGAGUACGAUAUAUUGUGCCACUGAUGGCAGCGGCGAUGGCGUCCAAGUGGGUCGGAGAUGCUCUUGGAAGACAAGGUAUUUAUGAUGCACACAUUGCCCUCAACGGUUAUCCAUUCUUGGACAGUAAAGAUGAGUUCCAGCACACGACCUUAGCGGCCGAUGUGAUGCAGCCAAAGCGAAAUGAAACACUAUCUGUAAUUACUCAGGACUCGAUGACGGUGGACGACAUCGAGACCCUACUCAAAGAGACUGAGCACAACGGCUACCCGGUAGUUGUGUCCAAAGAGAACCAAUAUCUCGUAGGAUUUGUGUUACGAAGGGAUCUCAAUCUCGCCAUUGGUAAUUUGACAAAUGCCCGGCGUAUGAUCGAUGGUAUUACAGGGCAAUCUUCGGUGAUAUUUACGUCGGCACAACCGGUGCAAAACCUUGGUCCGUCACCGUUGAAGCUGAAGAAAAUCCUAGACAUGGCACCAAUCACUGUGACCGAUCAAACGCCCAUGGAAACCGUGGUCGACAUGUUCCGCAAGCUCGGUUUAAGGCAAACGCUCGUUACACAUAAUGGUCGUCUACUGGGUGUGAUCACCAAAAAAGACGUGCUGCGGCACGUAAAGCAGAUGGAUAACGAAGACCCCAACACGGUUCUGUUCAAUUAGGCAAAUUGGCUUCCAGUUAACCUACUCCCCCAUUUCAAUCCUACUUAAAGCAAAAGUUUCGUAAUAUUUCAUUUAGGUUCACAUCGUUAAAUUGUAUUUAUUGUGCACACUAUUCACAAACAGGAACCGUUCCCAGGAUGUUUGGGCGAACAGUGAUCGAAAUUAUACAUAUGUUCAUCAGAUGCAAUAACCACCAUGUUUUAUUACUGAUACUGAUAUUUUUAUAUUAUAGUUUAUUUAGAUUCAAUAGAAAUUCGCCCAACCGCAGUGAACAAAGAGCAUCAUACUUUACUUCUGUUAUCAGAUUCGUAGUAAGUUAAGUAACCUCCAUUCGAAAUAUAUAAUUUAUUAAGAGUUUAAUAUGGAUCAGUUUAUAUAGGCUGUUUACUGAGUAUUAGAAAAAAAAAUCAUCAUAGAGAAGUAACUCUAUUAGAUAAAUUUUAUACAGCGUUAGCCCAUUUUUGUAUUGUAUAUUGAAUGGAAACGAGUUAUUGAUAGCAGUUUCAGUUUGGCUAACUCAAAUAUGGCAGACAUCGCAACACUCGGGGUGUCGAAUACUGUUGUAAUCAGGUUCUUUGAGCGAAUCGGAAGUCGCCGUACACUAAACAAAAGAAUCCAGCCAAGUCAAAAGCAGCAUAAUACAUUUGGAGAUAAUAAAGUUG